UCCACCCCCCUCCCCACCCCCACCCGUGUCCUCCCUGUCCUUGUCCCCUCCCCCACCACCUGCCGCUCUCCCAGGAGGCCGUGGGGCGGCUGUGGGGCGGCCAUGGGGUGGUGUGGGGCGGCCAUCCAGGCGUUGAGCCGUGGGGCGGCCGCCGUCCUGGGGUCCCCCAUUUUUCCCCGGGCCCACGCUUUGGCCUUGGCCGUACUUGUGGGGCUGGGACCGGCCCUCAGGGCCAGGGCUGACCCACACAGUCUGCUGGCCUCGCCCCAUAACCUGCUGGAGGCGCGCCUGGUGGCCUCGGCCGGCGGUUGGACCACCGUCUUGUUGGUGGCCCUCCUGGUGGCCACCUUACCCCUGGCCCGUCCAGGCGGGGGCGCCCUUCUCCGCGCCGUGGGUCGCUGGGUGGUGGGCGUGGCCCUGGCUCGCUCCGCCCCCCGUCUCUUCGCCGCCUUGGAAGCCGCCACCGGCCGUUGCUUGAGCCCCGCGGCCGGCGGGAUCCUUCUCCUGCCCCACGGCGACCCGCGGAGCUGUCGGGCCGAAGGACAUCGGUGGGAAGGGUUCGGGGCCUCCCCUCAAGCGUUCGCCUUGGUUCAUUGCGGCUUGGGAUUGGCCGAAGAAGCCGGAGCUUUGGGGAGGAUCCUCUACCCGGAUUGGAGGAGGAAAGGGGAGAGGGAAGGACCUCAGCAGGUCGAGUGGAGCCGUGGAGAACCUCAACGGAUGGGAUGGAGCCGUGAGGAACCUCAACGGAUGGGAUGGAGCCGUGAGGAACCUCAAGGGAUGGGAUGGAAGGGUGAAGAACCUCAGCGGAUGGGAUGGGGCCGUGAAGAACCUCAGCGGAUGGGAUGGAGCCGUGAGGAACCUCAAGGGAUGGGAUGGAAGGGUGAAGAACCUCAACGGAUGGGAUGGAGCCCUGAAGGACCUCAAGGGAUGGGAUGGAAGGGUGAAGAACCUCAACGGAUGGGAUGGAGCCCUGAAGGACCUCAAGGGAUGGGAUGGAAGGGUGAAGAACCUCAACGGAUGGGAUGGAGCCCUGAAGGACCUCAAGGGAUGGGAUGGAAGGGUGAAGAAGCUCAACGGACGGGAUGGAGACGUGAAGGAUCCAGAUACCCAGGUUGGGAGAGCCGUGAAGGACCUCAGCGGGUUGGAUGGAACCGUGAAGAACCUCAACGGAUGAGAUGGGGCCACGAAGAACCUCAGCGGAUGAGAUGGGGCCAUGAAGGUCCUCAGUGGGUGGGAUGGGGCCGUGAAGAACCUCAGCGGAUGAGAUGGGGCCAUGAAGGGCCUCAACAGGUGGGACGGAGCCAUGAAGGACCCUGGCAUCCAGGUUGGGAGACCUAUGAAGGACCCAGAUAUCCCGGCUGGGAGGUUCCCACCUCCUCCUCCGCCCCUGGGAAGGUCCAGACCUUCUGGCGCUGGUUGUUACAAGUCCUCCCAUUGGGCGGUUUGGCUGUCAGGGGGACCCCUGCAUCUGGGUGGACCCAAGCGUCCAGGUGGCCACCAUCACCCAUGGGGCCACCAUCACCCAUGGAGCCACCAUCACCUAUGAGGUCACCAUCACCCAUGAGGCCACCAUCACCCAUGGAGCCACCAUCACCUAUGAGGUCACCAUCACCCAUGAGGCCACCGCCACCUGGUGGGACCCAACCGUCCCAAACAUCUGGGUGGAAGGAGGAUGAAGAUACCACAGAAGAAGGACCCAGACGUCCGGGCAUUGCCCUCUGCCUCCUCUUCCUCCUCAACGUGGCCUUGGUGGUGGUCUGGCAGGUCUUGUUGGCCGUCACCUUGGCCUACCGUCACGACUGGCCGCGCAACGCCGUCGGCGCCGCCUUGGGUUGGGCCGCUUGGGUCAUCACCUAUCGGUUCUGGUACCGUUACCCAUGUUCUCCUGGGCCACCAGGGUUGGGAUAUCCAACGUCUUGAAGGACCCUGGUGGCCGGGAUGGGACUCAGGUGUCCAGGAAGGUCCUAGGUGUCCAGGAGAACCCAAGAUUCCAGGAGAACCCAACUCUCCUGGAGAACCUCAAGUGUCCAGAAGGUCCAUGUGA